UUUUCUGACCUGACGUUCAGGGGGAAAUAAAUAGGGUAGCACACGAUUUGAUGUGUAGCAUAAAGCUUUAACAUAAACUUGGAGGAGUUUCUUGGAUAGGUUUUGCCAAGAAGACUAUGUUGUGAUGCUUUACAAUGGCUGGUCGUAUUCCUCUGUUUUUGCUGGCCUGUGGUUCCUUCAACCCCAUUACCCAUCAGCACAUGCGGCUGUUUGAGCUAGCCAGGGACCAGAUGCACCAGACGGGUCUUUAUCAUGUGGUUGGUGGCAUUGUGUCUCCUGUCAGUGAUGGUUAUGGUAAAACGGGGCUUGUUGCAUCGAAACACAGACUGGCUAUGGCAAGACUGGCUUUGCAGACCUCGGACUGGGUUACUGUUGAUGAAUGGGAGAGCCAGCAAUCUGACUGGACAGAGACCUUGGUGACUAUGAGGUACCACUUCAACCGCAUAGCUGCUCAGUACCAGCGUAAAACAGGAGAGCCCACAAAUAACUCUGGUGGUCCCCAGUUGAAACUGCUUUGUGGAGCAGAUUUCAUGGACAACUUUAAGGUGCCAGGUCUGUGGAGGGCCGAUCACAUCGAGGAGGUGGUUGGCCGUUUUGGAUUAGUCUGCGUGACACGAGGGAGCCUGCAGCCAGACCGGACCAUACACGAGUCUGACAUGCUGUCCAGGCACCGACAGAAUAUUUUCCUGGUUCGGGAGUGGAUACAAAAUGAGAUCAGCGCUACAGAGGUUCGACGAGCCUUACGUAGAGGAUAUAGUGUUAAAUACAUCUUACCAGACUCAGUCAUCGAUUACAUCAGAGAAAACAACCUUUACACGCAGGAUAGUGAGAUGAAGAACAAGGAAAUUCAACUACGGCCUCUUACCAAGCAAACAGACUGACAUAGAGACUGUAGUAUGAUCUCAUGUGAUUUAUAAGUCAUUGCGAAUUGUGUUUCGUAAGAUAUUUCACACUCGAUCUUCCUUUGGAAAAUGUAAAAGCAGACACUUUCAGAGUAUUUUCAUAUUUUGUCUACUGUAAAGAAGGCACAUCUUUACUGUAAAGUGCAUUAUCUAUGACCAUUGUUUCCUGGAUUAUCGUGUAAUGUGUGCAAAGGGAUUUAAGAAUUGAUCUGGUAUAUGCAGGAGAUAGAUUUGCCAGAUCAUUGAGAAGCUGUAAGUCUAUGUUUUCCAGGUCUGCUGACUGUUGACUUUUGCUGAAUGUCACAAGGAAGAUAAAUAACAGAGCAUUUACACUUUGAAGAGCAAACAUUGCUUUCUCCGUUUUCAUUUGCACAGAAAGCGUCAUUCAUAUUGUCAGAAUUCUCGAGAUGUUUCACCAAGCUGUGUUGAGAGUUUUUGACUUUGAAAAUCAAAUGUUUUUUUGAAAUGUUUGUGGUGAUGUCUCUCUAAAUUUGUUAGACAUUUUCCUUGUAUCAUACACUGCAAGUUUUAGCCUCAAAACAACAAGUUGCUUUAAGAGCGAUUUGCAGUGUUGAAGUCCUCCUGCUGACAGUUUUGUGUUUAAAUGGAUGCCUUUUUCAUCACUCUAAAAGAUUAAAGCUUAAGGAAUUGGUUGUUUGAGAUUAUAGGUAAAUGAAUACAAACCAUCCAUCUCUUUUAGACGUACACUGAAUUGCACAGAAUGGCCAUGUGUGCCAGCACAAAGAUAAUUCAAUUGUGCACAUACUUUUGAGAAAAAAAAUAUACUUUUAUUUUUAAAAACAAAUAGAUAUAAAAGUUAAUGUGUAUAAUGAAGGAUUUGUUUUUUGUAAAUGUGUGAAUGAAAUUAAGAGGGCUGUUCAAUUGCGGGCAGGUGAAAUUCAGUUAACG